CUGCCUGGCUGGCGGUGUAUGUGUGUUGUGUGGUUGUGUUUCAGGUCUGACUCCCUUGUCAAUAUCACACUUUGAAUGUAUUAAUGCAAAGCGAUGGGAAUCUUGCAGACAUGGCCAAAAGACGAACCGCUUUAACAUUGCUGGUGCUGUUUGGGUUUCUAUGGGUCUGUGACGCUCUGAAGUGCAACUGCACAGAAUGUGAGAAGACGGGCUACGUGUGUGAGACGGACGGGGGCGCCUGCAUGGCCUCCACCUCCUACAUCCACGGCCAGGAGCGGCACAUCCGCAUCUGCAUCACCCGCGACAAGCUGGUGCCCCCCGGACAGCCCUUCUACUGCCUGAGCGCCGAGGGGCUGCUCAACACACACUGCUGCUACACUGACUACUGCAACAGCGUCAACCUCAAAGUCCCCAUUGGAGUCCCGGGGAAGCCAGGCGAGCCGGGCUGGCCAGGGGCCGGGGCCGGCUGGGGGCCAGUGGAGCUGGUGGCGGUGAUUGCGGGGCCCGUGUUCCUUCUGUGCCUGGUGCUGAUCGUGGGCGUGUUCCUGUUCCAGCACCACCAGCGCACCUACAGCCACCGGCAGCGCCUGGAGGUGGAGGACCCCUCCUGUGACCACCUGUACCUGGCCAAGGACAAGACGCUCCAGGACCUGAUCUUCGACCUGUCCACCUCCGGCUCUGGCUCCGGUCUGCCGCUGUUUGUGCAGAGGACAGUGGCGCGAACCAUUGUCCUGCAGGAGAUAAUUGGGAAGGGCCGUUUCGGCGAGGUGUGGCGGGGGAAGUGGCGUGGGGGCGAUGUGGCGGUGAAGAUCUUCUCCUCCCGCGAGGAGCGCUCCUGGUUCCGCGAGGCGGAGAUCUACCAGACCAUCAUGCUCCGCCACGAGAACAUCCUGGGCUUCAUCGCCGCCGACAACAAGGAUAACGGCACCUGGACACAGCUGUGGUUGGUUUCAGACUACCAUGAGCACGGCUCCCUGUUUGACUACCUGAACCGAUACUCUGUCACCAUUGAGGGCAUGAUCAAGCUGGCGCUCUCUGCAGCCAGCGGCCUGGCCCACCUGCACAUGGAGAUCCUCGGGACGCAAGGUAAGCCAGGCAUCGCUCACCGUGACCUCAAGUCAAAGAACAUUCUGGUAAAGAAGAAUGGAACGUGCGCUAUCGCUGACCUGGGGCUAGCUGUGCGGCACGAGUCUGUCACUGACACCAUCGACAUCGCCCCCAACCAGCGCGUUGGAACCAAGAGGUACAUGGCCCCAGAGGUUCUGGAUGAGACCAUCAACAUGAAGCACUUUGACUCCUUCAAGUGUGCAGAUAUCUACGCCCUGGGCCUUGUGUACUGGGAGAUUGCACGCCGAUGCAAUGCUGGGGGUGUUCACGAGGAGUACCAGCUGCCCUACUAUGACCUCGUGCCCUCUGACCCCUCCAUCGAGGAGAUGAGGAAGGUGGUGUGUGACCAGAGGCUCCGUCCCAACGUGCCCAACUGGUGGCAGAGCUAUGAGGCCAUGCGUGUGAUGGGGAAGAUCAUGCGCGAGUGCUGGUACUGUAACGGCGCGGCGCGGCUCACCGCCCUGCGCAUUAAGAAGACGCUGUCGCAGCUCAGCGUGCAGGAGGACAUCAAGAUCUGAGCAGGCCCGGUUCUGCUGGGGUUCCUUUUUAUUUAUUUUAUUCGUCUUUAUCUUAAUUGUACUUCUUUUCCGGAGACGCACAACAGAAGAAAACCCAGGGGGCGGAAGAAAUGACAACAUGAACUUUUAAAAGGAAAAAAAGUAUAAUAAACCUGCCAGUUUUAAAGCCACAGUCCAAGUCGCGACAAGGCCUACCUCACCUUUUCAGCCAAAACUACUGAGUAAAAUGACCCCGUUCCCUUCCUCCCACCCAGUCUAGCCAACCUCCAACUCCCCUGAAACGGCCUCCUACCCACACUCCUCUGUUCCUACUAAAAUGGGCCACAGACUGCUAAUACAACUCCAUGUACUUGCUACUACUAUUAUUACUAGUGCUACUACUAUUACGAUUAUUACUACUACUACUACUACUACAACUACUACUACAAGUAAUACUACUGCCCCUUUGUUUUUUGAGUUGUUUGUAAAGGCAGGAUUUAUCUGUACAGUGUUUUUAUUUUAUUUUAUAAAUGUGUACAUUUUUCUUUCUUUAAUGUACCCACAUGAGCCCUGAAGAUGAAUUCCAUGACACUUUUUUUUUUUUUUGUCAUCUCUCCUUUUUUGUAAGCGUGUUGUAUGCUAUCGGAAGGUGUGCUUUAAAAGGACUUUAAUUUACCUUGAGUUGUUUUUAUUUUAAAUUGUUAUUUUGUUUGUUGUUGUUUUAAGAAAAAAUGUGAACUUAGACUCACCCUCUCUGUUAUGGUUCUAGUGUAUCGCUAGACAUGCCAAACUAACUGGUCAGUUUUAAAAGACCAAGACCUGUGUGGUCUCUGGUGUAUUUUAACUGUAACUUUUCAGGUUUAAGUUUCGGACGUUUACGCGCUUCAUAAAGGAUUUUAUUUUAUUCGUACUAGGACGUAGUUUUAUGUCGAUCGUGUUGUCAGGUGGAGCUCACUCACUAUGAGAGUCCUGAAACCGUGGCACCUAGGACGAAGGUAUCGGCCGCCUGCUUUGCUAUUGUACGACCGAGGUGGUCGAGCUUGGGCAGCGUAACUUCGCACUGGCUGUAAGUAACGGCGUGAGGAGAGAACUCUGGAACGGGAUAAACUCAGGCUCGAGCCGCUGCUUAUCUUCGCUUUACGCAAAAUGGUGUUUUGGGGAAAAUGUACCGAUGUAUUUUGCAUAGAGACAGUCAUCUUUACUUCGGUCACGGAACUACUGAAACAUACAUUGUUUAAUCUUUUUAUUUCAAUUUUAAUUCAUCUUCCUCUGGCCAAUAUAAGGUACGAUAAUUUCCACCAGUAAAUCCAGUUGAACUAUAGGUAAUUUAUUAUCGAUUGGUUGACUUAAUUUAUUGGUGGAUAUCACGUAGGCUAAUGUCGGUAAGUUAUUAACUCUUGGGCUUCUAUCGCCUACGUAUUAGGCUAAUGCCGAGCUUUCCUAUUACACUGACCAUGUUUUGUAUAAUACAUUUUUGUUCUAGGCUAUUCCUGUGUUAUCUCGGCAUUUCCCUGCCUCUAUAUGCAAAUUGUAAAUAGAUUGUAUAAAUUACUGCGAUUUGUUUAGUUUCCCAGUGAUUAUUAUUUUGACUACACAUUUUUCGUUUCUGAUUUUAUCGAAACAAACAGAUCUGUAGCCUAUAUUUUAACUAGCCUACAUUUUAUGUCUAUCGUUUUAAAAGCUGAAACUCGAGUGCACUAAGUGUGGUUCUCGGUUUGCUCGUUUAAUCAUCCAGAUUCAUUGCAAGCAGAGCAGUCUAGCUUGUCCAGCAAAACAUCCUUGUAAAUACAUGGCUGGGUUUACUUUUUUUUUUGUCUCUAGUGCGUAAAGUUUAAUACCAUAGUUGGGUCUAGGAACUCGAAACCCAAACUCUUCCCUACAAACGCCAUGUCAGUAAUGCGAUCUUUAUAACCGUUCAUUUCCUAAUGCAGACCUUUAUAACCGUUCAUUUCCUAAUGCAGACGUCAUUGCACAGUAGAGCUGAACGGUAUUACAGUUCGUCUCCACAAAAUAUGCGACAAAUAAAACCCCCGGUGCGUGCAUUAAAGCGCAUGUAAAGGCCGAGCCUACACGACCCCGGAGCUAAACCGACUAGUGUCCGAUUCCUGAAAUGGAUAUUACGUAGCGACUGUUAACCACUCCAAUGAGAAACCAUCUCUAUAACAUAUUUAGAAACUUGAAGCAAAAAAUUGUGCCGUUGAGUUCCUGCUAUGAAAUUAUGUAAGGUAGGAUGGGAAUGUGUUUAGUGAUGUGUAUGUAAUAGCUAUUGUUCAAAUGAACUGUGUCAUGUUGAAACACUUCAGUUGAUGUACCUUUUUAAUAUACACUUGGCUUCAAAGCUGAAUUUUAACAGAAGCCUUCAGUCCAAUGAUUUUGCUACUGCUACUGAAAGAAGGGUUUCAGAAUAUAUGUCCUGAUUGGAUGGCUGCUUAAGGCUGAUUGGUGUUUUGUCAAUGUUUCUGUUCUGUUGAUCAUAAGACUACUCUUUGAAGCAAGAUGAUUUGACUAAUAAUUUGAUUGUGUGUGCCUCCUAUAUUGGCACAGUCAUCUCUUCUGCUGGCCUUUGGUCAGCCAACACAAUACAAGAUUUAUGUUGAAGUGCAAUGGAGAAACCCCACCAUCCUCUAAUAAAAGAACAACAAAAUAAAAUGAUUGACAGAGCUGACGGUGCAGUAAACAAUGUAACACAAAAGGGGAUUAUAUGGAAAAUAUGCUCGUCUAAUUACUAGCAGUGUUUUCAUGGGGUAACCAAUGAUUCCCUUUUAUACGUUUUGGUUGACAAAAGGGUGGCUGGCUGCAGUUAUAGGUUUUGCAGUUUAGGUCAGAGUUUCAGUAUGUUUGCCUGUUCUAGCACCUUGAUUUCUUGUCGGUCCUGGUCCUGCCAACACCCUCGGUUCAUAUCUUGGUGUUGGCAUUUAAAUGCCCUAAAUAUUCAGCCUGAAGACAUCAUUUGCAUCUUGGCACUCUGAGAAUUUCAGAAUUCGUCCAUCCUUGUCACCUCCAAGUUAAAGCGUAGGCUACCUCAAUGUCCACUAGUACACAAGAGCUGGAGGAAUGCAUUGAUCUCUGAUCAUGGAGGUGAGAGGUGAGGCAAAGGCCAAGAGUGGAAGGAGGACAUUUCAGAACGUGCCCGUUAAUCUACAGUAUUUCAUUAGGUUGCAAAGAUCCACGCCUGUUCCAUCUUUUGGUCAUUUGCACAGUAAGGGCUGCUUUUCAGUGGCAGUGAUAUCUUUAAAGGUUACAGUCAGGUGAUUAAGCAAACUGGACAUUCCUAUCCUUAACGCAUGCUGCUUUGCAUCAUUUUGUGUUUGAUCCAAAAGUGAACUCGACCCUUUUGGGGUUUUUCACAAAAUGAACGCGCAGAAGCUCCAUCAACCACGGGCAGUGGGAGUGCGCACGCAUGGGUUCAUCGCAUGACUGGGUGGUCUGAACAAUGGUGCUUCGCCAUCGCAUCUGUAGCACGAAAUAUCAGGGGCUGAAUUCUACCACAAGACCGAUACUUAAAUGGCAGUCAACAACUAAUCCACGAGACAAGGAGGGAGUGAUUUUUUUCCCCAUUGGUUUUCUUUUAUAUUCUCUUUGAUCUUUGCUUAUAUUUUUCCCUUUGGUUUCAAUGUGGGACUGUUAAGGAGGAAAAAGCGUGUACAUAAUUUCCUGAAAGUGUUGCUGCUAACCUGGGGAAGGGUGUGUGGCAGACAGGCCAGUUUGGGGAGGCGCGAGGCAUUGUGUUCUUCGGACAACACACAUUAUUCCUAUAGAAAUUUACACAAGGGUUCCAGCAGGGUUCGUCAAUAUUUUCUGGCUAAAACUCCAGCGUAGCGGCACUAUUACAGUUGGGUUUUGAUUCAGAGCAUUUCACCCAACAGGCAGCCAUGUUCUGCCUUUAACCCUGCACCCCUAUCCAGAAACUAAAAUCUGUGGAUCUCCAGGGCCUGUCUGUCCACACCGCUUCAAAAAUAGUUUUAAAUACCAUGUUAAACACAAUUUUUUUCAGGACUAGUACGCAAACUUGUAUAUAGGUAAUAUAUAGUAAUAAAUAGUUUUUUUCUAAUG